CAUUCAUUCUUGAGAGCUUGGAAAAAGGGUAUGGAGUUUCUUUAAGGGAUAGCUCUCAAGAACACCAAAUGGCCAUACUUUUCCACCAUUGAUGAAAAUGAACUAAGUUUCAUUUUCUGACAACAGAAAACUGAAAAGUUUUCAGGGGGUGGGUGAAAAUUUUGUGUCUUGUGCAAGAAACAAUCCAUUUCAAUUUUUGUGUCUGGAUAUUUAAUAAAUAAUCCAGAAAAUAUUAACAAAAGUUGGUGGGGGUAUAUAGAAGGUGAUGAUGAUGAUGAACCAGAAGGGAAAUAAUUUAGAGAAGAAGGUGGAGAUGGUUGCAGUGGCCAUAGACAAAGAUAAAGGCAGCCAGGCUGCAUUGAAAUGGGCUGUUGAUCAUCUUCUGGCCAAGGGCAAAAGUGUCGCCCUCCUCCAUGUUAAGCAGAAAACUUCUGCUCCAUUGGGAAAUCAUGCUGAUGGCGGCAAGGUUGCACUUGAUAACCAAGCCAAGGAGCUCUUCCUUCCCUUCCGUUGCUUCUGCACACGCAAGGACAUACAAGUCAAUGAAGUUCUACUGGAAGAUACAGAUAUAGCAAGAUCACUUUGUGACUAUGUGAAGAACAACAACAUUGAGCACUUGGUGGUUGGUGCCUCUGUCAAGAGUGGAUUUGUCAGAAGAUUCAAGACUGCUGAUAUACCGGGCAACGUUUCCAAAUUGGCACCAGAAUUUUGUACUGUAUACGUCAUCUCUAAAGGGAAAGCAGCAUCCAUCAGAGCAGCAUCGGGCGGACCUACAAAAGAAGGUUCUCGUUCACUGCAUAAUGCACCUGAUCCACGUUACAUGCAAAGCAAUGGAACACGAGGCGGUCCCAUGUCACCUUUUGCAGGUAGGACUGUCCCGACGGAGGAGGUGGAUUCAAUCAAGUCACCAUUUACUAGAGGCAAGGCAAACCGAUCAUUUGGAGAACUUUCGAUGACUGAUUCCGACAUAUCAUUUGUGAGCUCAGGCAGGCCAAGCAGUGAUCGCAUGAUGUCAGCAUUAGAACAAGAUAUGAUGAUGGCUCCUCGCCUGUCAAGCAGCUCAGACACAGAGAACCGAUUAAGUUUUGGAUCUCCAUUCGCUAGGUCAUCUGAUGCAAAUAGCAGUUUCGGAGUCUACUCAUCCAGCUCGAAUGAAAGUGGGAACUUCUCAUGGUCAGGGUCCCAAAGCCUGGAAGAUGUUGAAGCAGAGAUGAGAAGGCUCAAGCAGGAGCUCAAACAGACGAUGGACAUGUACAGCUCAGCAUGCAAGGAAGCACUCACAGCAAAACAGAAAGCGAUGGAGCUACACCGCUGGAAAGUAGAAGAACAACAGAGACUUGAGGAGGCAAGACUGGCUGAGGAAGCAGCAUUGGCAAUUGCAGAGAAGGAAAAAGAAAAAUGCAGGGCUGCUAUUGAGAAAGCUGAAGCAGCUCAGAGAAUAGCUGAACUUGAAGCACAGAAAAGAAUCAAUGCUGAAAUGAAGGCACUCAAAGAAGCAGAGGAGAAGAAGAAGGUGAUGGACAAGUUGGCCAAGAAUGAUGUUAGAUAUCGAAAGUACACCAUAGAGGAGAUCGAAGCUGCUACAGAGUUCUUUACAAAAUCUCGUAAAAUUGGGGAAGGUGGAUAUGGCCCAGUUUACAAGUGCUACCUAGAUCAUACAGAAGUUGCUGUAAAGGUUCUUCGUCCAGAUGCGGCCCAAGGAAGAUCACAGUUUCAGCAAGAGGUUGAAGUUCUUAGUUGCAUUCGGCAUCCCAACAUGGUUCUCCUCCUUGGAGCGUGCCCAGAGUAUGGCUGCCUAGUCUAUGAGUACAUGGCUAACGGCAGCUUGGAUGAUUGUCUAUUCAGGCGAGGAAACACUCCAGUGCUCCCUUGGCAACUCAGAUUCCGAAUAGCUGCAGAAAUAGGCACUGGGCUUCUUUUCCUCCACCAAACCAAGCCAGAACCAUUGGUACACAGAGAUCUAAAACCGGGCAACAUUUUGCUCGACCGCAACUUUGUAAGCAAGAUCAGUGAUGUUGGACUAGCUAGGCUCGUUCCUCCUUCAGUAGCUGAUACUGUUACACAAUACCGCAUGACAGCAACAGCUGGAACUUUCUGCUACAUUGAUCCUGAAUAUCAGCAAACUGGCAUGCUUGGCAUAAAGUCCGAUGUUUACUCACUUGGAGUGAUGCUGCUUCAAAUCAUUACAGCCAAGCCCCCAAUGGGUUUGACUCAUCACGUUGAUAGGGCUAUUGAGAAGGGGACCUUUGCUGAUAUGCUUGACCCAGAAGUUCUUGAUUGGCCCAUAGAAGAGGCCUUGAUCUUUGCCAAGCUAGCACUUAAGUGCACAGAAUUGAGGCGGAAAGACAGACCUGAUCUUGGGACAGUGGUGUUACCUGAGCUCAACAGAUUACGAUCACUCGCUGAAGAAACAAUGCCCAGCUUUUCAGUAAAUACUAGUCCAAGGAAGGUCUCAGCGGUUCGCGGUUCUCAUUCUCAUGUUAUUGAAUCAGAGAAGCUAUACUCAGGCCCUGACAACAUCGCAAAGGGUCGUACAUUGACUGCAUACAACCCAGCAAGAAGUAUGGAGACAUAUAAUUCUUAAGAUUGAAAACUGGCCAACUUCAUUCCAUCUAGCUCUGCUUAAAAUCCUAACGUAUUGGUUUAACAAGUCCAAGAACUAAGAUUAUUCUCAGCAAAGUGUUGAGUUCCUGCAACCUUGCAGCUAUAUUUUGGUUGUAAAGUGAAACAACAUAUGAUUGUAAUUAAGCAUUCCCAUUACAAAUACAAUGACAUGUUUGUAACAGAAAAAUUUGACAUAUGAUUACAAGAAUCUGUUGUAAUUAUAAGGUAACCCUUAAGUACUCUCCUACAAGGGGUGAUUACAGUUUGUCCAGUUCAAUUAUAUACAAGGUAACACUUUUCCCUGUUCAA